AUGACGAUCGCGCGGCGCGUGACCGGCAGCGCAGAGCGACCCCCGCGCGCCGCCAGCGCAGGCAUGGACGAUGGGUUCCUCAUGGAGGUGUGCGUGGACUCGGUGGAGUCCGCCGUCAACGCGGAGCGCGGAGGUGCCGGGCGGAUCGAGCUGUGCGCGGGCCUCGUGGAAGGAGGGACCACCCCGAGCAUGGGGCUGCUGCAGGUGGUGAAGCAGUGCGUGCGGGUCCCGGUGUUCGUCAUGAUCCGGCCCCGCGGCGGGGAUUUCCUGUACUCGGACCGGGAGGUGGAGGUGAUGAAGGCCGACAUCCGCCUGGCCAAGCUGCACGGCGCGGACGGGCUGGUGUUCGGCGCCCUCACCGAGGACGGGCGCAUCGACACGGAGCUCUGCACGGCGCUGCUGGCCGUGUGCCGUCCCCUGCCAGUCACAUUUCACCGCGCCUUUGACAUGGUGCAUGACCCUCUGGUGGCACUGGAGACCCUGAUUUCCCUGGGCUUUGAGCGGGUGUUGACAAGUGGCUGUGACAGCUCAGCACUGGAAGGAUUGUCCUUGAUUAAGAGGCUUGCAGAACAGGCAAAGGGCAGAAUUGUGGUGGUGCCAGGAGGUGGCAUCACGGAGCGCAACCUGCAGAGGAUUCUGGAAGGCUCCACUGCUUCUGAGUUUCACUGCUCUGCUCGCUCAGCUCGGGACUCGGGGAUGAAGUUCAGAAAUCCGAACGUUGCCAUGGGAGCGUCCUUCUCUGCCCCCGAGUACUCCAUAAAGGUGGCAGAUGUGGCCAAAGUGAGGACCCUGAACGCGAUUGCCAAGAACAUUCUGUAGCGGAGGGCACCGUGCUGCGACAAGAGCGCAGAGAGUGCAGGGUCUGCCCUGGCACACGGACAGAUGGGUACUGCUUCCGUCCUCAGGCUGCAGAGGAUGUGCACUAGGUGAUGGAGCCUCACACCUCUUCCCUUGGCUUCCCCUGAAGUCCCUGGCCUGGAAACUUAUGUUGGCCAUUUUAAAUAAAAGGACUCAUUUCCAGAUGUUGCAGCAGCAGCUGUUGGGCAGCAUUUGGGAGGAAGGGAGGUAUGCAAGUAGGGGGACUGAAUUGUAUAGCACUGCAUGUGAUUGUCAAAUAAACACUGCAGCUGCCCCCCUC